UUCUAAAUGAUUUUUUCUUUUUUUGAACGAAAUAGUAACACAUAUAUUUACGAAGGAACUGAAGAAGCAGCGCCGAGCUGAAGAGUCUUCAUUUUGACUUCUUCAUCUUCCUCAUUUCCCCCACCUGCUGAUUUUUACCAGUCCACCGCAAAUUCUUAGCCCGACGAAUCGUUUUUUAUUUUCUCUUUCGAAUUAUAUAUUGUUGAUUUUUUAUUUUAUUUUAUUUUUUUUCAUUACCCUCUCUUCGUGAUUUUUAAAUUUCGGUUUUAAAGCAAAAAAUGAGGGACGCUAAUAGCAAUUGGGAUUUGUUUGACCCGAGGACUGCCGUGAUGGACACCUCCGCCGCCGCUUUCUCUCCCGCCGACGGCGUGAGUCGCGACCCUGAUUUCGGUUUUGCCUUCAACGACAGUAAUUUUUCCGACCGGGUUCUCGUGAUUGAGGUCUUGGCCGACGAUUCAACCAAUUCUCUUAACUCCGACGCCGGCACUGCUCCCGGAGGAGGAUGCCAGACUCUCGCUGAUUGGGCUCGGUAUCGGAAGCGGCCCAGAGAAGACUUCAGAAAGCAGCAUGCUUUGGAUAUCACUGCUGUGGGCCCCGAGGAGCAAGUCUUGAACGUCGAUCAGCCUGAAGCCGAGGAUUUAGUGCGGGGCGAAAAUCAAGACGAGGAAGAACUUGCUAUGAUGGAAGAAUCACCCUCCGGUAUUAUUAGCUUGGUCGAAACUUACUUUCUAUUGAGCUUGACCAUGUUUCCAAACUUAUCAUGGUCUUCGAGCUUUUGGUUUUCUUUCUUCUUUGUAGACUUUUGCCUGGCUCGUAAGAUUAAUGCAUAUAUUUUGGGUUUUAAUUUAGAUGAAGAUUUCUGUGCUGAUGAAUGACCUUGGUUUCUUUAGAGAGGUGGUUAUUUGGACAAAUAAAUCCUAUCAUGUUUUGGUCUGUUAUCUCUCUAAAGUGUAUACGCUUGUUUGCUUUGCCGAUUUGCCGAAAGAUAAGUUUAAAAGAAAGCUAUUAGCUUGCUUGUGGUUGUGGGCAGUGCCAGGACUAAGAUUGUUUGGGUUGGUAUUUAACUAAGAACUAUGAUGUGCCUGUAUCAAUACUCUCUGACCUUUGAGUUAGUCUUUGUUGGUGGUUAAGCCAAAUCAAAUGUGUGAAUGUUGACUUUCAGAUACAUUUAUUGUCUUUCAAAGCUUUCUACUUACAGAUUUUGAAAUGUAAAGGUUAUUGGUUUAACUGAAAAGAUUCUAUCAAACAUCUUUUAAACCCUACAAAGAUUUUGUAGAAAUGUCUUUCAGUUUGCCCACCAAAUAUAAAAUCAUUAAGAAGUCUAUCGUCAGAAAAAUUGACUCGGAAAUUAAAGGAGAAAUGAUUAGUAAUUUUUCCCCUGCUCAAGCCUAGUACAUUACUCCUUGAGAUACUAUAGUAUAAGUUGAUGUUUUAGGCAGAUAUUCCUCACGUAAACUGAGAAAUGUCAUUGUGGCAUCUAGAUUUCUAUAAAACUGAAUUACGUGAAGUCUACUUUUUUGUCCACUCUGGAAAUUUGUCUGAUUAAGUAUUUCAUGGCUGGAAAAUGCUCAUCUGCAAUGGCCUCACUGUGGUUAUAGUCUGUUGAGUUGGAUGCUUUUUUGUAAAAUUAGUCUUCUCUAAACUGGUGAAAGUGCUGCUGAUGUUAACUUCUGCAUUGCAAACUAGUUUCACCUACCGCUUAUUGUAAAUAUUUUCAUGUUUUUCCAAUAGGGGAUGAGGCUGCAAAUAGUGAUGAUUCCAAUUGUGACAUGGGUUCUUCAAGAGUGCUAAGAGUUAGGACGCUACAUAUUAGCUCCCCUAUUCUAGCAGCAAAAAGCCCUUUCUUUUAUAAGCUUUUCUCAAAUGGAAUGAGGGAGUCAGAACAGAGACAUGUAACCCUGCGAAUUAAUGCCUCAGAGGAAACCGCACUUAUGGAGCUUCUUAAUUUUAUUUAUAGCAAUAGCUUAAGUACGACUACGGCGCCUGCUUUGCUGGAUGUGCUAAUGGCUGCAGACAAAUUUGAGGUUGCCUCGUGUAUGAAGUACUGCGGCCAUGUCUUACGUAGUUUGCCUAUGACACCAGAAUCUGCAUUGUUAUAUCUGGAACUCCCAUCUAGUGUGUUAAUGGCUGAAGCCGUGCAGCCCUUGACUGAUGCUGCAAAGGAAUAUUUAGCUGCGCGCUACAAAGAUAUAACAAAGUACCAAGAUGAGGUUAUGAACUUGCCCCUGGCUGGAAUUGAGGCAAUUUUGGCCAGUGAUGAUCUCCAGGUGGCAUCGGAGGACGCUGUAUACGACUUUGUUUUGAAGUGGGCCAGAGCUCACUAUCCAAAAAUUGAGGAGCGGCAGGAAGUUCUUGGCUCUCGUCUGAGUCGUUACAUCCGCUUCCCUUAUAUGACCUGCAGAAAACUUAGGAAGGUUCUAACUUGCAGCGACUUUGAGCACGAUCUUGCUUCCAAGUUUGUUAUCGAGGCCUUAUUUUUCAAGGCUGAGGCACCUCAUCGCCAGCGAGCUCUUGCAGCGGAGGAUUCAUCCACUUCUAGUCGUCGAUAUGUAGAGCGUUCUUACAAGUAUCGCCCCGUAAAGGUGGUUGAAUUUGAACUUCCCCGUCAGCAAUGCGUGGUUUACUUAGAUCUCAAGAGGGAAGAAUGCGCCAAUUUGUAUCCUUCUGCCCGAGUUUAUUCACAGGCAUUCCACUUAGGUGGGCAAGGGUUUUUCCUGUCUGCACAUUGCAAUAUGGACCAACAAAGUUCUUUCCAUUGUUUUGGUCUCUUCCUAGGGAUGCAAGAAAAAGGUUCAGUAACAUUUGCAGUCGACUAUGAGUUUUCUGCAAGACUGAAGCCAUCGGAGGAGUAUAUAAGCAAAUACAAGGGUAAUUACACAUUCACUGGGGGGAAAGCUGUUGGAUAUAGAAAUUUGUUCGGGGUGCCAUGGGCUGCAUUCAUGGCCGAGGACAAUCUUUUUUUCAUCAAUGGUACACUCCAUUUGAAGGCGGAGCUUACCAUGAGGCAACAAUGAGUUGUGUGAUUCUUAUAUGCACUUCGGAAAAUCUUUAGUUUUCUGAUUCCGAUUUAUCUUAGGGUUUUGAAGAAGAGGGGGGCAAAGAAGAGAGUGGCACUUUACUGACAAGUCUUAAUUAGUAAUUGGGUUGCACAGGUGAAGAAGAUGUAAAUGGUAUUUAUGUAUGGUUCCACCCGGUGAUCUCUGACCUUUUGAAGGAUUCUCUUGACAAUAUUAAACAUUGGCUAACCAUGGAUUUAUGUUUGUGCUUGAUUUUGUUCAGGCUUUCAUUUCAAUUUAAUCUGAAGAAAAUGAGCUGCGGAAAUGCCGUCAUUUACUCUAUUUCAUGUUUGUUCAAUGCAGCAUAUGUAUACCUGUUGAUCAAGUAAGAAUAGUUGAUUGUUGUUUCCAUAGUUCGGCAUUUUUACAGAAUCGGUAGUUCUAAGUGGUAUUCAAUUUGAAACUCUAGCCUCCGGGCAAAAUGAAACUGCCUUUCCAGAAAUCCUAAAAAUGCUAUAUGAUGGAGUAUUUAUGGUAAGGUAGUAUGCACGUAGUGCGAGGGCACCUUUGAACGAG